AUGGACAAAAUGCUACACGAAAUUGCCGACAUUCGCGCCAAGGCUGAAAGCGCCAAUGCUAGGGCUAAUAAACUUGAAAUUGAAAUCAAGAGUCUUGAGAGCUAUUCUAAUUUUAGAGAUCAAAACAUUAUUACUCUGAAAGAUCAAAUUGCAAAACUCGAUAUAAAGUACGAAGACCUCUACAAUGUUUUGACUUCUAAAGCUGAAUGGCAUAAUGAACAUAAAGACGACGUAGAAGAGUCUGUGCACAUGAUUAAUGGUUUGGAAUCCGCCAUCCAGAGCAUGAACGAAAAGUACAUCGCUUGCAAGGCAAAAUUAGAUGAACUGACUCAUCAAUCUGUAAAGUUGUAA